AUGUCCAGAUGCCCUCAACCAGACGCAGCAUACGCAGCGGCAUGCUCAGCCCAAACCCUGUGCAGCGCCGCCCGCGGCUUCCUGAGAGCAUUACUGCCAGAGCUGGCCGCCAUACCGGCGCCGGAGUGGCUACGUGCACUCGAACCGUUAUCCGACGCGGGAAGGCUGCAAGCGUGCAGGGACCAUAAUGAGUUAAUGGACGCCCUCCGCGAAGUGGUAUCCCGCGUCGCCCCCGUCUACCGCGGCAAAGACGCUCGAUUAUCAAGAGAACGGAGAAAAGCUGCAGAACUGGAACUGAAGGAUGAUGUAGAUGCUAUAGAGAGAGCAUUGGCUUUGGCCAGUGAGGCUGUCUUGAAAGCACCUACUACUGAUGACGACGACGAAGCAACCCUAGCCCUGGCCCUUUGGACGCGUAGCGCCGUCCUGCUCGCACGCCCACGUCGGACAGGGACGGCUGCCGCACUAGCAGAUCUGAGGCUGGCGCUGCGCUCGCGCUUGCCCGCGAAGAUGCGCGCGCACUAUUAUUGGAGGACCGGCCACUGCUACAGAGAUUGCGGUGAGCCCACUCGCGCGAAGGUGUCCUACGAGCUGGCGCUGCGUCUGCUCCGGGCCGAUGACAACACGUCGAGGGAGCGGCUCCAGAAGGACCUGGAUUCGUUGGAUUUUAACCAGCAGGCGCCUGGACCUGCUGAGAAAGUGCCAGAAAUCAGUCUCGUGGGAGGCUGCAAGCCUAACAUGCCAGCAUUAUCAAAACAUAUCAAGAUUGUCGAAGAAGAAGGAAAGGGUCGUUUCGCAGCAGCCCGAGCGCCAUUACACCCAGGCGAUAUCAUCUUGGCCGAAAAUCCAUACGCGGCGUGCCUGCUGCCUGAUCAUCUCGGGACACACUGUCUACACUGCUUCACCAGGUUAUCGCUCUGCCUGGAAGAGGCACCAGUAUGGUGUCCGCGCUGCGCAGGAGUGGCUUUCUGCUCUUUAAGUUGCCGCGAGAAAGGCAUGGUGUACCACCAACAUGAGUGCAGCUUCCAAGACUUGUUUAUCGGCUCCGGCAUGUCAAUCCUCAGUCACAUCGCCCUCCGCAUGGUCACGCAGCUAGGCCUCUCGGGCACUCUUGACGUGUAUACACGCCACGUCUCCGGCGACGUCCCUUUAGCCCACGACGACAUAGACGGAAAGAAAUCCAAGAUGAAAUCGAGAAAGGAACGGCUGAAUAGGAGCAAGAAGGGUUUGAAGAUGGCUGAGGAAGAAAAGGAAAAAUGUGAAAAUGAGGAGGAUUUAGAUUUGAAGACGGCGCAGAUAUACUCCCUCUGCACACACGCCGAGCAGCGCACUGGAGAAGACUACGUGAAGAGACUGGUCGUUGCCGUUUUUCUGACAGAAUGCCUGGCGAAGAGCGGGUUCUUCAACUCAGUGUCCGCUGACGAGCUGGAAAAUGCGCGCUGGUCAGUAACGGCCGUGAUCAUACGCAACCUCCAACUGCUUCAAUUCAAUGCGCACGAAGUGUUUGAAACAUUGCGCAGCGGAGACGGGAAGGGGGAGGGGCAUCUCUUCAGAGGCGCGCGCGCGCAGCAUAUCGCCGUCGCUAUAUAUCCUGCUGGAGCGCUGUUUAACCACGACUGCUUCCCUGCAGUUGCUAGGUACUUCAUCGGUCGCCGCCUCAUCCUAGCCUGCACUCGGCCCCUGCCCCCCGGGGCCACAGUCCCCGAGUGCUACGGCCCCGCGGCCUCGCUGCGCGACGUGACGUCGCGGCGGCGCGCUCUCGCGGCGCGGUACUGGUUCACGUGCGCGUGCGACGCGUGCGAGCGGCCGAGCGCAUGGCCAACUAUGCAGGAGAGCGGGGAUCCUCCGCUAAGAUGUCCAACGCCAGAGUGCUCCGGCAUGCUACCAGGAUCACGCCAGACAGUUAAGCAGGCCCGAUGCUCGGUGUGUGGCGUCACUUUUGACGCUACGACGCUCGAAAAGAGGAUACAUGCUAUUGAAGAUUGCCACAAGCUGUUUCAGGAAGGUGCUAGACUAAUGGAUGAGCAGCUAGUAGACGAAGCGAAAUCCGUGCUCUGCGGAGCCCUAGCCCGUUACCACGAGACCGCGGCCGCGCCCCGCCGAGCCGCCUAUCUCGCUCACGAGGCCUUAAGGGCUCUACUCACUUCUACUGGCAACUCCCACCUCGUCAAAGUGAAAGAGGGUGAGACGGAUGUAGAAGCGAGCCAGAAAUAGAU